AUGUCCGACCUCCUCGAAGUCCUUCCUGAUUUCGACAUCAAGCCGUUCACCCACCUCUUCCACUCUCUCGAGAAAAAUGACAUCACCGUGACCGACUUGGUCACUUCUGACCCCAAAGAGAUUGCGAGAAGAUGCCCUCUUCCAUCGGCCGAUGUUCAGAGGCUUGUGUCGGAGAUAAUUCAGGCGCUGCAGGGUGAUGUGCAGAGCGGAGUGAAGACAUGCAAGAUUACUGCUACACGGAAUAUCAACACCGCGGGCACUGCCGGUGGAUGUGACAGUGAAGGCACCGGGUCGGUCAGAGGGGAGAAGGUGAAGACGCUUGACACUGCCAUCGACCGAGCAUUAGCUGGGGGCUUCCAGCCCGGACACAUCACGGAGAUUGUUGGGGAGAGUGCGGUUGGAAAGACGCAGUUGGUUCUCGGACUCCUGCUUUCUGUACAGUUACCCCCGCCCCGGGGAUUGGGCAAGGGAGCAAUCUAUGUUUCGACGGAAGCACCGCUCAACACGAGUCGACUCAAGCAAAUGCUGUACUCCCACCCCGAGUACGAAGGUAUGGAACCACAAGAUCAACCAUCUCUAGACCACGUCCACACGAUUGCCACCAAUGAUCUAGAAGCACAAGAACAUAUCCUUCGCUACCAGUUACCCGUGGCAGUUAAACGAUUCAACAUUGGACUGGUCGUGCUGGACUCGGUCGCGGCCAACUUUCGAGCGGAACAUGAAACUCGAACACCAGCAGGUCUGGCCGAAAGAGCCGUCGAGCUAGGCAAACUUGGAGCCAUGCUCAGACGGGUGGCCAUUGACAACAAAGCCGCGAUCGUGGUGACGAAUCAAGUGUCGGAUCGCUUCGAGGACCCCAAGAACAUGCUUCGACCUUCGUCCCCAGCGACCAUGUCCUCGCCCGCCUUGCCCGGGCCAGGCAUUCCGGCCGCUCACGUCGAGAUCCGACGGGAGGUACAGAGUCUGGAUUACCAGCAGUGCUUUUUCACGGGCUGGGGAAAUGACCGGCAGGAGACGCAUGGACAAUACAAGAAUCCAGCCCUGGGUCUGGCAUGGGCCAAUCAGAUAUCUGCUCGCGUGGUCCUUAAGAUGGAGAGUCAGCGGCAGGAGUAUACGGGAGGCAACAUCUGGCGAGAGAAAAAGAAGAGCCGCACGUUCGCCGUGGUGUUUGCACCCUGGGCGCCUCCAACCCACCCACCGGUUCGUUACGAGAUUGGGAUGCAGGGCAUUGCUUCUGUUGUUGAUACUGUCAAUCCUGCAACAGCGCUGGCUGAAGUGGGCGAAGAGCACGCAGACCUUUUGAAUGAGGAGCUGUGGGCUACGGACGAAGACGAUGAGUUUCCGUAA